GACACGAGCAUCUGCCGCGUCCGGCGGCGCGGACCGACGCACGGGCGAUGAGACAGAGCCGCGUGCCGUCCUGACAUGGAGGUGCUUACGCUGACUGCCGCCCUGGGCCUGUGCCUGGCGCCGGCCGCCGCUCAGAAAGGCCUGGGCAUCUCCUUCGUGAAGGAGCCCCAGUCGCUGGUGGCUCCGCCUGGUGACGAGGUGGUGUUCACAUGCGCCAUCAACCUGGACGCCGACCACCUCACAUGGCUGCACGAUUGGAAGCCGCUGGAGCCGGGCAGCGACCCAGCCAUGGACGUUCAGCCGGGUCGGCUGCUGAUCCGGGUGGGCCGCGACCCCGAGGUUUACCGACGACAGACGGGCAAAUACCGGUGCAUGGCCUGGAUCGCGCCGAUCGGGCUGACCUCGCUGCCGGCCACGCUGAGCAUCGCCCACAUCGCGCCGUUCCCGGCGCGGCCCAACGCGACGCUGACGGCGCCGCCGGCCGGCACCGUGUCGAUCCAGUGUCCGCCGCCGGCCAGCGAUCCGCCGGCCUCGGUCCGGUUCUACCACGACGGCCGGCCGGUCGUGCCGCGCGGAGACAGCACCACGCUGCUGCCGGGCGGCCGGCUGCACCUCUCCGACAUCAGCGCCUCGUCGCACGGCGGCCUCUACACGUGCUCGGCGCGUAACCACCUGACGCAGGAGGAGGUGACGGCGCCGUUCAGCACGCGGCUCGAGGUGCGGCGGCCGGCGCGCACGGCGUCGCCGCGUCUGCUCGUGCCGCCCGAGCCCAUGUACCGCGCCGAGCCCGGCACCACCGUCCGGAUUGAGUGCGUGGCGGACGGCUGGCCUCUGCCGGUGGUGGCCUGGAAGCGGCUGGACGGCCGCUGGACAGACCGCUAUGUGCAGCACGCGGCCAGCCUGGAGAUCCGCCAACUGCGCGUCGCCGACGAGGGCGACUACGUGUGCGAGGUGGCCAGCUCGCGCGGCUCGCUCACGGCCGCCACCGUCGUCCGGGUGGUCGAGCCGCCGUCGGUGGAGACGUCGCCCUCCGACCCGACGGUGCAGGAGGGCGCCCCGGUGGAGCUGAGCUGCGUGGGCCGCGGCCAGCCGCCGCCACAGCUGCAGUGGGUGCUGAACGGCCGGCCGGUGCUGGGCGGCGAGGAGCCGCGCGUCCGCGGCGGCCGCCUCCAGUUCGACGCCGUCACGCGCCAGAACGCCGGCCUCUACCAGUGCUUCGGCCACAGCGAGAGCGGCGACGCCAAGGCCGCCGUGCUGCUCAAGGUGAUCCCGCGCCAGACGGUGUCGUCGGCCGUGCUGCCGUCGGACGCGACGCUGACGUCGACGCCGGCGCCGACGGAGCGGCAGUCGACCGGCCGCCGCCGCGGCAACGGCAACAGGAACAGGGACGGAGAGCUGAUGGUGCCGCCGGGCGCGCCGAGCGUCUACCCCAUCUCGGAGAGCUCGGUGAUGCUGCAGUGGGACGUGCCGCCCAACGACGGCCUGGCCAUCCUCUUCUUCAAGAUCCAGUACCGGCGCGCGCCGCGGCGCCGCCACGACUGGCAGACGCACGACUCGGACGUGCCGGGCACGGCGCGCUCGUUCGAGGUGGACGGCCUGGACGUCGGCGCUAAGUACAAAUUCCGCGUGCUCGCCGUGUACGAGAACAAGGACAACAAGCACGGUCCCAAUUCUCGCAAGGUCAAGAUGACGCGCAUGCGCAAGAAGGCGAAGCCGCCGGGUGCGCCCAUCAUCGACGCUCACAGUCCACAGAGUCCCAGCGCCAUCCAGUUCACAUGGAAGUACCGCAACUUGCAAGCGGCGCCGAUAGAGGGCUACUUCAUCUUUUAUCGCGACACCACCAUGGCGGGUGACUAUUCCAAGGUGACGGUGCUGGGCGAGACGACCAAGGCGCACAUCCUGACCUCGCUGCUGCCGGGCACCGCGUACGACAUCAAGCUGCAGGCGUUCAACCUGGAGGGCGGCGUGUCCGACUUCUCGCCGAUCGUCACCGAGCGAACGCAGGACUCUCCGGACGCGCCGAGCACCGAGGACCCGCGCGGCGGCGGCCACAACGUGCCGAUCGUGACGACGCGCGGCGUCGACCGCUCGCGGCUGCGGCUGUACGCCAUCGUCGGCGGCGUGCUCGGCCUGCUGCUGCUGCUCGCGCUGCUGUUCGCGCUCGUCUACUACUGCCGCUCGCGCGCCAGCGGCAAACAGGACGAGGCGUCCAAGUUCGGCGACACGUCGCAGCAGAUCAACAUGCAGCAGCAGCAGCCGUUCACCGUGUCCGAGCACGAGAUGGUGGUGGCCCCGCUGCGGCCGGCCGAGCCCGACUCGCCGCCGCCGCCGCUGCCCUUCAAACAGCGCGCGUCGGCCUUCUCGGAGACGUCGUUCGGGCACGCGCUGCCGGUGCCGAUCCCGACGCCGCCCUGCUGCGUCGAGCCGGCGGGCCCGGCGGCGGCCGGCGCCGCAGCCUGCGCCGACGUCGUCAAGUGA